AUGGCUUCUCCGCGCACCCUCGUCGAGCCUCUCUCUGGCGACGCGUGCUGCGAUGCCAGCUCGCGCGAAGAGGGACAUCCGAGCGCGCCAGUCGACUCCUUUGCGUCUCGGCGUUCGCCUCCUCGUCGCGCACCUGAUGCUCCGGACGCAGAGGCGACCGACGCCGGCGCCUCGGCUGCCGCGCUUGCAGGGGCGCUGGAGCCUUCAGGCGAUGCGCGUGUCCCCGCAGGGCGCGUCUCGCGCCGCGCUUCCUCUUCGCCUUCUCCCUCUUCCGCCUUCUCUCCACCAUGUUCGCCGUCCUCCCGCCCCGCCGCGUCCUGGGCGUCGGCGAAGCGGGCGGGCCGCAUGCGCUCGUGGCUGGAAGAUGAGCUCUGGCAGCGCAAGCUCGACGAAGAAGAGGAGGCGAUGCGGCGGAGACGGCAAGGCGAAAAAAUCUCCGAGUUCCCGCCCGACGGCAUCGUCAGCAACUGCGUCUUCGUGAACACCGAGUUGUGUGCGCACGUCGCGGCGCGAAUUCGGACGGCGCAGCAGCGCAGGAAGGCACGCGAGCCGGCUGGAUUCAGUCGCGUGGCGGAGGGGGAGGCUGAGGCGGAGGCGCGCAUGCGGACGCCGGAGGAGGCCGAUGGAGAGGAAAGCGCGAGAGGAGGCGACAUGAGGGCUCUGACCCGGGGGGAUCAAGGAGAGACCAGCUGUGUUGUCGGUGCAGAAGCGGAUGCUGCGGAGCGCGCGCGACUCGCAUCCGCGUCGCCUGCUUUGUGGGGGGCAGGUGAUCAACAACCUGCGAGUGAGGAGGAUGCGAGCCAGCGAACCCGGGAGCGGCACGAAGUUCCUUCCACGCCUCACGAAGCUGUCGGACCGUCGCGUGCUUCCGGCGUCGCGCGUCUGUCGUCGUCGCGCUAUGCUUCGCUGUCUUGUCAACUUCCGCCCUUCAUUCUUCCUUCUAGGUCCUGCGCGUCGACUGUGUCUCCCUCUCCUUCGUGCGCGACGAUCAAUCUCUCGGCGGCGUGCGUGGACGCGCCUUGCCACGUCUCGCAGGCUGGCGCUUUCUCGCUUUCGCAGCGACAGGACACUGGUCGAGUCGCGCGCGCGGCGCUGUCUGCGCAGUCCCCUGCGGCCGUCGCGUCUUCGUUUCUCUCGUCGGUUCGUUCAUUUUUUCCUGCGUUGUUUGAGGAGGCGGUCGCGCACGCCGCGGACCGUCAGUUGGCGGCGGCGGAGGGAAGCGCGGGCGCGAGCUCGCCGCACAUUGCAGUCUCUCCAGCGUCGCACCGGAGGCCGCAGGCAGAGGCGUCGCCCGCGGGGACCAGCAGUCCGUACCUCGGCGACGACGCGGAGAGCGACGCGUCGGCGCGUCUGCCUGCGCCGCUGCGGCGGACAGCCAAGUACCGGCACCGGAAGAAGGUCAAGGUCUUCCUCUCGAAUCUCUACCAGCAAGAUCACCGGCGCAGUCCGCUGCCGUUCCAGCUUUUCCUGCGCAGGUGCACGACGCUCUUCUGCACCUGCUGGGGUCUCCUCCUCGUGUUGCUCGGAUUCCUUGUUCUCUUCCUCUCGAGCAAAAGUCACCGCGUCGAGAUCCCGUACGCCAGCGGCGUUCGCCAGAAGCGCUUCCACGUGCCCGAGCGCAUGGGCUCACCGGUCUACCUGUACUACCGCAUCGGAGAGUUCUACGGAAACUACCGACCCUACAUCAAAGACGGCCCCCAGUCCGUCAGCACCAGCUACGUCUGCCACGAAGUCAAGUCGCAGCAGGAGGCCGUGGACUUCCGCACAUUCAACGGGACUCUGACGCUUCCUUCGCUGCUGUAUAGCGUGAAUGGCGAGCGCAUUCCCCCCGACAGUCGGCGCGCGUUUCCCUGCGGGCUGCAGAGCGUCUCGCUCUUUAACGACGAGUUCUCGGUGCAUCGCGUCAUCCAGGGCUUGGGAGAAGAAGAAAUCUCUAUCUCGACUGAAGACGUGGCCUAUCACUGGGACUUCACAAGAUUCAUGCUUCCCAACUCCACGUGGGAGACAGUCGGCGCGAUGCCGUGGAUCUUGCCGAGCAACGAACGCUUCCGCGUCUGGAUUCACCCUCCUUUCACGCCCGCUUUUCAAAAGCUCUAUGGAGUCCUUCACACAACGCUCGAGCCGGGCCAGCAGUACUUCCUCCGCUUCUCGGACUCGAGCUGGCCUGCGGAGCAGUGGAGGACGACGAAGGCCAUUGUGCUAGUCACGCUUGCGCCGAUCAUUGGCGGCGCGAACUAUCCUCUCGGCUACUUCUGCAUCGCGGCGGGUGGGCUUUGCCUGUUUGGCGUGGUGCUUCUCUGGCUGUUUCACUGCUUCGGUGUCCGGCUGACGAGCUCGACAGUCAAAGGCACCGACAUGAAGGCCGUCAUCAAGCAGGCCGAAGAAGAUCCGAGCGAGGAGGAGGCCGGCGCGCACGCGGCCACGGCGGCUCGGGGCGACUGCGCGGGGGGGAAAGCAGAGCCGCUGCUGGCGUCUGCGGAGCGUCGACUGCUGGAGGGGGCGGACUCUGCGGCGGCGCGCUCGUUCAUCUUGGCGCAUCUGCCACGGCCGAUUCCCUGUCUGUGUCCGGCGCACUGUCCGGGGACGGACGUGGGCUUGGCAGCCUCGCGCCAGGGCGCGGCAAAGCGGACCGGGCGCAAGCGCGGGGCAGGAGGCGAAUACUGCGCGGCCGUCGGGAAGGCCAAACCGCGGAGUUUCUAUCUGCAGCCGCCGACGACGCAGCCCGGUCGGCGACGGCGCGGGAGCGGCGAGUGUCGCUCGAGCUCCUCGGUGGCCUGUUCGGAGCCCCUCGCGGAGGAGGAGGAGAGCCAGCGCUCGGCGCGGCUCGACAAGGGCGACGAGACGCUGUCUCAGUAUCUCGAUAUGCGCGCGGGGAACAACGAGGCCAGCGACGGGUCGUUCCAGACGGGCGGCAGCGCAGGCUCCCCGUGCAACGUCUCCCUCGACGGCGGCCGCGUGCGCAGCACGUGCAGCCAGAGCUUGGAAAAACCCAAGAGCGGCGAGGAAGAGUCGAACGAGGCGGAGGCCGCAGCCGCCACGGAGACGGCGCAAGGCGAUGCUAACGAGCUCGAAAUCUUCGUCGACACCGCCUCGCUCGACGACGCGGAAGCGGAGGACGGGGAGGGGGAGGCGGGUGACGAGCUGCAGGGCGACGGCUCGAGUCGCGCGAACGACGGUGAGCGCUGGAUCGAGUGCGGACUGCAGAGCGGCGACGCCUUGGAACUCCCCGGCGACGAGGAGAGUCCGCAGACCGGCCGCAGCCGCAUGCAGAGCUCCCUCGGCGAGGACGACCUCUUCAGCGAGUGA